AUGGCAGAUGCUCCUCUCCCACCACAUACAGGCUACGCUUUCCCGGGCCUCUCCAAUAUUCACGCCUCCAUCUACCCAGCCAUCGACACUUCCACAAACCCCUCCCUCUCCCAGCCUGGGAAAGUCGUUCUGAUCACGGGCGCCGGACGAGGAAUUGGUCGAUCGAUAGCACUGCAAUACGCCACCGCCUCUGUAUCCUGCCUCAUCCUCUGCGCUCGGACAAAUAGCGAGCUAGAUGAAGUGGAAUCUCGUGCUAAGGAAAUCAAUCCCAGUGUCCGGGUCAUGAAGUUUCAACUCGACGUCACGAGCGAAUCCGCCGUGAAGGCGUGUUUCGAAGCUGUGCGUGCCGCAGAAGG